GGUUUCCAAGUCGAAAAUUUCGCGCCAUUAUUUUAAUGUUUGUUUGUUUUUUUUUGUUGUGAGAAAAUAUAACACUUAAAAUCAUGAAAUUCCGUGCCAUUACACGACGUUAUGAAGCUAUCAAUGCGAUUAAUAGAUCAAUAUUGGCUGCAGCAAAAUUAACCGAAUUUCUUGUGUUUCGAAUCGAUAGUGAUACUAUUAAUUUGAUUCCGGAUACAUCAUCACCAACAAAUCAUGUAUCGAUACGUUUUGUAUGGAAUCGAACAUUAUUAUUCGAUGAUUAUUCAUUCAAAGGACUAAACAAUGAUCAUAAUGUCAUCUAUUUUUAUUUAUAUUCCAAUUCAAUUAUCGACAUAAUCAAUGCAAUUCAUACAAAUGUUCAAUUUUUGAAAAUUAAACUUACAACAAAUAAUCAACAGAAACCAAUUUUACAAUUUACAUCGGAAAAAAUAUGUCGUGCUGAAUCCGAACAACAAACGAUUAAAAAUCAAGUACUUGUUGUCAUUAUCAAUCAACAAUCAUGGUCAUUAUAUGAUGAAUAUACAAUGAAUUCGAAAGAUAUAUCAUUAAAUCUACCAUCAUUUAAUCAAUUUGCAUUCGAUGUGGCUAAAUUAGUUAAUUGUUCACCAUUCAUACGAAUAUCAGCUAAAUAUUAUUAUGAUGAUGAUGAAAAUAUGACAAAAGCAAAAUUAAGUAUGACUGGUUUUGUUGAUUCAUUACAAUUAGGUUGUCGUUAUGAAAAACUUCCAAUUACAAAUGAAUCAUCAAUGAUUGAUGAUGAUCGUCGAUCAUUGAGGAAUCAAUCACCACAGACGAACAAAAUCUAUGUUGAUAUUCGAAAAUUAAAUCAAUUCAUUUCGGCCAUUACAAUGUUGCAACCAACUGAUGGUAUAUGUGAAAUUGAAAAAAAUCAUACCAUCUUGUUUAAAUUUUUUGCUCAUUUUAUUAAUUUUAAAAUUAUUCUUACACAUUUUGAUAUCGAAUGAAUUUUUAAUUGUUAAAAUAAAAACUAUAUAAUAGAUGGCGAUACCGGUUCCCAGUACUAGUGUA